AGAAUGUCACCGACUCAGUUCAUCUCGUCCUUGAGAGACCGCCGCUUGGUUUAGCGCUGGAGGGUUUCGAAGAGGAAGAGGGAGAGGAGGAAGAUGGGAUCCAGGACGGGUCUGGUUGAGGAGCUGAUCGAGAGGAACUGCGGUGUCGCCGUAAUCGACGGAGGCCUCGCGACGCAGCUGGAGGCGCUUGGCGCCGACAUCAACGGUCCCCUCUGGAGCGCCCGCUGCCUCAUCUCAGAUCCCCACCUCAUCAAACAGGUUCAUCUUCAGUACCUUGAAGCAGGUGCUGAUAUACUGGUGACAUCAUCUUAUCAGGCGACAAUUCCUGGAUUUUUGUCCAAAGGUUUCUCCAUUGAAGAAGGAGAGUUGUUACUUCAACAAAGUGUCAAACUAGCCCUUGAAGCCCGAGAUAAUUUUUGGAAACUCAAUGCUGACAACUACUAUAUUCGUGCUUUGGUGGCAGCUUCAAUUGGGAGCUAUGGAGCUUAUCUUGCAGAUGGUUCAGAAUAUAGUGGGCAUUAUGGACCAGAUAUGAACUUGGAGAAACUGAAAGAAUUUCACAGGCGACGAUUGCAAGUUCUUGUAGAUGCUGGCCCAGAUUUGCUGGCAUUUGAAACCAUUCCUAAUAAGCUUGAAGCACAGGCAUUAGCUGAGCUUCUUGAUGAAGAAAACAUCCAAAUUCCAUCUUGGAUCUGUUUCAGCUCUGUGGAUGGUGAACAUAUGUCUUCUGGAGAGGACUUUAAAGAAUGUCUUGACAUAUUAAAUAGGAAUGAAAAAGUCAACAUUGUUGGGAUAAAUUGUGCAUCACCACAGUUUAUAGAGAACCUUAUUCUUAAAUUUAAAAAGUUAACAAACAAACUGUUGGCUGUUUAUCCAAACAGUGGUGAAGUGUGGGAUGGUAGGGCUAAAAGAUGGCUGCAACCAGAGCGUGUCGGUGAAAAGAGCUUUGAAUUGCUUGCAAAAAGAUGGCAUGAAUGUGGUGCUAGUCUUAUCGGAGGAUGCUGUCGAACAACACCUUGCACCAUACGAUCGAUUUCCAAGUUGCUAAAGAACAUGUCCUGACUAAUUUUUGGAUCUAACAGAUUCGUGAGUUACUAGCCAAUGAACAUGUCCUGACUAAUUUUUGGAUAUGCAAAAUGGUGUCUUGCCUAGUUUGAUUGUACUUGUAUGUUUGGUAGGGUAACUUACGAUGUCCAAUUCAGCCAACACGGAACUGGUGAAAUGGAAUAUGUCACAGGCAUACAUUUUAGACAUUUAUCUUCAUUUUCAGUUAUCCCUUUCAGCCAAUUUAAUUGAUGUGUCUUGUAAACAGUUCAGAUUGUCAUGAAUGAUAUAUUAUUGGUUUGGCCUUGUUUUUCCCGAAAUAAAAGAAAAGGGAAACAGGGCUAGAGACUA